AUGGCAUCCUGUCUGAUUGAAGCUCCCGGCGACAGCCCAUCUCUGAAUGUCAAAGAGCAGAAAAACCGAGAUGAUAAACUUAUAACGCCCGAGGUGGGAGAGACGGAAUCAUAUAACGCCCGUCCCAGCGCGCCGAAUCUGAGUGUUACGUUCGAGGAGUAUACGUUCUAUGCCCAAUUGACUCGAGCCGAAGAGAGGAGAGCAGCUAGCAAGAUGCCAGAGGCUCUGCCAAUAUGGGCUCUCUCACAGCUUGGGUACGUUCCUCGAUCCACUCUCUAUGUCCUUUUUGGGGCACUUGCGGGAUAUACUGGUCACCAAAUCUGGACGUUGUUCUUCCACCUUGAUUCUCACCGACACCCGAUUCAGAGCUACGGCGACCUUGCGUAUCGAAUCUACGGUGGCUGGGCAAGGCACGUCGCGAAUGUUCUCCAAAGCUUCCAACUGUUCUUCAGCGUCGGCUUGCUCACACUUGCCCAAGGCCAGGGAAUAUCUCAACUUUCAACUGGCUCCGUUUGCUUCGCCGUGUGCAAUUUAAUCUUCACGAUAGCAGGUUGUAUUGUUGGCCAGAUCAGGACUCUGCAAAAGUUCAAGUGGCUCGCCACACUGUCUAUCUGGCUCAACAUUGCCAUUAUGGCCAUCACUAUGGCUGGCGCAGCUUCUUACCCACCAAACUACAGCACCGCCUUGGCACAGAAUCAGGUGAAGGCCGGACCAAUAGUGACCAGUGUCGGUACACCGGCAGACGGGACUCUCUCGACUCGAAUUGUGGGUUUGAUGCAGGGCAUCUAUUCCUACGGGGGAGCCAUGUUGUACUGCGAGUUCAUGGCCGAAAUGAAGCGCCCGUGGGAUUUUUGGAAGGCCUUCUUUUGCGCGCAAACACUGAUAGUGUCUCUUUAUGUCUUCUACGGGCUAUUUGUCUACUCUUAUCAGGGCCAAUUUGCCGUUCUUGUCUCUAACCAGGGAAUCUCGCUGAAAGUUCUCCAAACCGCAACAAACGCAAUGAGUGUCGCAUCGUCCCUGAUUCUUGCAUGCUUGUAUGGGAACGUGGGUAUCAAGGUCCUUUACAUGAAUAUUGGGGAAGAACUGCUUGGUCUCCCAAACCUGCACACUACCACACGAGGCAAACAACUAUUUGCUGUACUCGUCCCAGUUUACUGGACUCUUGCAUUUGUAAUUUGCUCAGCGAUCCCCAACAUCACCAAUUUCAGUGCUCUUAUCGCUUCUGCCUGUGUCACUCAAUUCACUUAUACAUUUCCGCCGAUCCUCAUGUUAGGGUUUGCAGCCCAGAAGGACGCGUAUCUCCCGGGCGAAAGCUUCGACCCGACGACCGGAAGAACGGUCCGCCAUGACAAUGGCAUGAAGCGAUGGGUCCGAGGAUUGAAGCAACACAUCAUAAUGAACCUUUUCAACACCUUUAUCCUCAUUGGUGCCGUGUUCCUGUGUGGCUUGGGGAUUGUCGCUAGUAUUAUCCUGCUUGUGGAGACUUUUGAAAGCAACCCCAAAAUCACGUCCUUUACCUGUUUCGACCAGGCCAUCCUCUUCGUCCGGCCAACUAUGUCGUGGUCACCAGAAAGCCUCCCAGACCUGAUGGGGCGUGUUUACCUCGUGACGGGGGGAAAUGCUGGCAUUGGUUUCCAGACAGUUCUCGGCUUAGCAAGGCAGAAUGCAAAAGUAUACAUCGGAGCUGGAUCAGAAGAGAAGGGAGCUAUUGCAAUAGAAGCAGUGAGAGCUGAAAAGGGGGACGCAAAAGUCGAACUCGUCGAGAUGGACAUGAUGGAUUUGAAAACUGUAGUGAGGGCGGCGGAGGAGAUCAUAAGGCGAGAGAAGCUUCUGCAUGGCCUGGUCAACAACGCAGGGAUAAUGGCGACGCCGUACGAGGAGUCUUCUGAUGCUGGAUACGAGGCGCAGUUCCAGACCAACUAUCUCUCGCACUGGUUGCUCACCUCUCACCUCUUGCCGCUACUCAUCGAAACCUCCCGUCCAAGCCCCGUGGGCACUGUCCGCAUUGUGAAUGUCAGUUCAGACGGCCAUUUGAUAUUCGGCGAGCCAUCAGGCAUCGAUUUCAACGACAUCAACCAAACCCGGACUGGCAAGGGAGGUCCAUGGUCACGCUGUGGGUCUUCCAAGCUUGCAAACAUCCUGCACGCCAAAGAAUUGGAUAGGCAAUAUGGAGGCUCGGAGAGGGGAUGCAUCUGGACCGCGAGCUUACAUCCGGGAACAGUAGACACAAAACUGUCCGCAGGGGCCACAGGGUCUAGCUUCUCCCAGACAAUCUGGCCGAUCUUGAAGUUCUUCGGGGCUUACUCCAAAGUGGACACGGCCGCCUACACUUCGAUAUACGCGGUGGCCAGCGAUGAAUUCACGCAGAACUUGAGUGGCGAGUAUCUCCAGCCUGUGACCAAACUGGGCAAGGCAAGCAAACAGGCGAACGAUCCCAAGCUCGCAAAGGAUCUUUGGUCCUGGACGCUGGCUGAGAUGAGUGCUCUGGGCUUCGCCCCAGUCGGUCUUCAGGAGCAAAUAGGCGAGAGAAAGGAUUGA